GGCUACAGGACUGGAGUAAACAUUUGGAUCAGAGGACACUGAGGAGACCUCUUCCGGCUACGCAUAUCUUCCAUUUGGACAUCUCAGACACCAUGAAAUCCCGUCGGCCCAGCUGCACUGACUCUGGAUCUGAGUCCUCAGAGCUGGACUCAAAGAGCCCGGAGAAGUACGAAACAGCAACACGACGGAGGAUGGCAGCUAAUGCCAGGGAGAGGAAGAGAAUGCAAGGGUUGAACACCGCGUUUGACCGCCUGCGGAAGGUGGUCCCUCAGUGGGGCCAGGACAAAAAGCUGUCCAAGUACGAAACCCUGCAGAUGGCUCUCAGCUACAUCAUGGCUCUUAACCGAAUUCUGACUGAUGCCAGAAGAAACAACGCUCCUCAUCGACAGUGGCUGGACCUGCAGUUUGACUGUGUGCAGGCAGAGAAUCUCCAGUACCUCAUGAGGUACGACCCUGGGUCGGGACAGGAGUACAUCCACUCCUCCUACUUCCAGUAUGAUGAGCAGCAGGUCCAUGUAUAGACUGUGUCGUUGGCUGGAUAAUCACUCAUGUUGUAUGUGACAAUGUGACUCAUCGUCUCCAAUGUAGGAGACAGUAAAUACAUUUGUAUUACAGUAUUUAUUUAUUUUUACUAGAAAGGCUUCAUUUUAAGUCUUCUAUUUUUGAACUGUUGAGCAGAUAU